CCAAUAUGUAAUUGCGUAAUUCAGAUGAACUAACCCUUUACAGUUUUGCUCAAUUGCUAAAACACUAAACCCCAUUGGCUGAACAAAGUUCUCAGUUGCCUGGACUCAUUUAGCUAAUUAUGCAGUCUGUUGUCAAUACCUUAAACCAUUUCACAUGGUAAAACACAAUAUGCAGAUCUCACUUAGACUUUUCAGCAAAACUCUAAACACAUUCUCAUUCUCAAAACACAUUCUGCACUCUAAUGCACAUGUCAUCCAUACUGGUAAACACAAGUGGCAACAAUCAAAUACAAAUAGAGAACACAUGUCAUUGAUUGAACACAACCAGUAAAAAUGUAUUUAACAAGUUUCAAAUGAUGCGACACAACCAAUAUAAGCCAGUUCAGAGAGCAAACAGGUUGUUGAAGGUGGGAAGGAGAAAGUCUGAGAAUGGAUAGAAGAAACAAUGUGAGAGGACGAGGACGAGUGAUUAUGCGAGGUGGGCGACGAGGAGGAGGGCGAGGAAGAGGAGGACGAAGAGGAAGACAAAGAGUGGAAAUAUCUGAUAAUUCGAGCAACAGUUAUAGACCAUGUUCUUGUCCAUGGACUGACAAUGAGGGAAGCAGGACUUAGACUGCAACCCAAUUUGAGCCGAUUUUCUGUGUCCACCAUAGUAAGGACAUUCAGAGAAGAGAACAGAAUUGCAAGGCUGCCACAUGCAGGUGGAAGGACAGCUAUAUUCACUCGGGAGCAAGAGGCCGUUAUAGUUGGCAUGGUCCUUCAAGAUAAUGCAAUACGACUCAGAGAAAUCCAGGAACGAGUGAUACAACACAACACACACUUCCAGGGAAUCGACAGUGUGAGAAUUUCCACAAUUGACCGUGUCCUCCAUCGUAACAGGAUGCGAAUGAAACAAAUAUACAGAGUACCUUUUGAGCGCAACUCACCAAGUGUGAAAGAACUGCGAGCUCAGUAUGUGCAAACAAUAUUUGACUUGGAAUCCUUGGACAGACCCCAUGAGUUCAUCUUUGUCGAUGAAGCAGGCUUCAAUCUAACAAAGAGGAGAAGGAGAGGCCGAAACAUGAUUGGACAGCGGGCCAUUGUUGAAGUCCCUGGUCAACGAGGUGACAAUGUCACAAUCUGUGCUGCUAUCAGCAACCAUGGUGUUCUACAUCACCAUGUUACACUCGGGCCAUAUAACACCGAGCACCUUCUAAGAUUUAUUGCCAAUCUAAGAGAUAUUUUAUUUGAGCAGCAGGUUCAAGAGCAGCAGGGUCAAGAGCUAAAUGAGAAUCCCAUUCCCACCUAUAUGAUGGUGUGGGACAAUGUCAGUUUCCACCGAGCUGCUCAGGUAAGGGAAUGGUUUAACAUCAAUGGGCAGUUUAUGAACUUGUACCUCCCUCCAUACUCGCCUUUCCUGAAUCCGAUUGAGGAGUUUUUCUCCUCUUGGAGAUGGAAAGUGUAUGAUAGACAACCCUACACCAGAGUAAAUCUGCUGCAAGCCAUGGAUUUAGCCUGUGGUGAUAUAGGUGAGGAAUCAUGUCAGGGCUGGAUACGGCACACAAGAGGCUUCUUCCCCCGUUGCCUCAGGAGGGACAAUAUUGCUUGUGAUGUCGACGAAGUGCUCUGGCCUGACCCAGCCCAAAGACAAGUAGAAGCACAUUGAUCACAUGUUUACUCCUUUGAUUUUUGUCCCUUUUAGUAUUGUAUACUGUAGUACAGUGCAUUGUAGGCUGUAUACUGUACAAUGGACAAAUUGUA